CCUAUAUAACAAUCCCCAAAUAUUUUUCUCACUCACCAUCUCAAUUCUCCUUCAAUUUCAGAAUUUUCCCUUCAAAUUUCUCACUCUUUCACUUUCAUUCACAUGGCUCGUACCAAGCAAACUGCUCGCAAGUCCACCGGCGGUAAGGCGCCGAGGAAACAGCUGGCAACAAAAGCCGCCAGAAAAUCAGCUCCGGCGACCGGAGGAGUUAAGAAACCGCACAGGUUCCGGCCAGGAACCGUUGCUCUGAGAGAGAUCAGGAAGUACCAGAAGAGCACUGAGCUUCUGAUCCGCAAGCUUCCGUUCCAGCGCCUCGUCCGUGAGAUCGCGCAGGAUUUCAAGACCGAUCUCCGGUUUCAGAGCAGCGCCGUCUCCGCUCUCCAAGAAGCCGCGGAGGCUUACCUCGUCGGUCUCUUUGAGGACACUAACCUCUGCGCCAUUCAUGCUAAGAGAGUAACUAUUAUGCCUAAGGAUAUUCAACUUGCUCGCAGAAUCAGAGGCGAGAGAGCUUGAGACUCAGAUUCAGAUUCUAUUGCUGAUAGAUCUUAGAGUUCAAUUAUAUGUUAUAUUGUAAUGAUAGUUCAGCUUUGGUUUAAUACUUAAUGUUGAAUUGAUGAAUCUAAUCUAAUGAGUGGUUAUAUGCA